AUGUCUAUGGCCGGUACCGCGGGGGCGCCCGAGAAAUGCGAGGGUAUCAAGAACAAGCUGGCUUGGAAGCUCGACCGCCAGCGGCUCCUCGGCAUCAGCAUCAACGAGCAGCUCACCCCCUCGUAUAAAGACGACAGCAUCAAGCGCAUGGCCCUCGGCACCGGCGCCAACAGCAGCAUCGGCGCGUACUGGCCGUUGAUGACCUACCAGGGGAGCGACGGCAAGCUCUUCGAGGUGCGCAACCGUUUACGGAACGAGUUCUCCCCCGUGGCGGAGUGGGACGCGAAGAAGCUCGGAAUCAAGGCCAGCCACCUGGCCCUGGUGCCGUUGUCGGCCAGCUUUAGCAAGAUGGCUGUCCAGGGGAGUACGGGGUAUUCUACCAGUCGACGGACGCUCGUCUGGUUGCGGUGGUACCCGACCUUGGCUCCGACGAGCUGGCAAAAGGCUACGCGAUGUCGUGGCCGAUAG